CGUUAUCUUCGAACGUCCGCGUUGGUUGUAAACGCGCGUAAAUGUGUUUUGUGCUGUGUGUGGAGUCUGUGUGGAGCUGCAACGAGUUUACAUUAGCUUGCAUCAACACGGCAGCAUACAGUUAUGGACAGAUACGUGCUAGUUGUUAUAAUCGAGCUAGAGCCAAAGAAAGAGGGCUCUUUUAACGGGGUUGAUGAAACCAAAAAGGUGUUUGGUAACCUCAAGAACAUUUCUAAUUCGAAUUUAACGCGCAUUCCUCCAUUUCCAGCCUGCUCUCUGAGUGGUAGUCCUGGCCCACAGAGAUGGUACUUUGCCAUUCAAGCCAGUUAUGGUACAACACAGUGGUGCAGCUCAGAGUGGGAGGAAGUGUGUUCCCAGCGCAGUGACAGUGAGGAAUCAGAGCCAUCUGCUUUAGACACCUGCAUUGCUGCCCUUCAGGAGCAAGAGGAACAGAGCGUGCUCACAGAGAACCCGUCCCACGCAGAACUCUUUGAAGAGGCUGCUGAAGGUCUUCAUCAGUUAGCAGACAAACUUCCUCCUCCAGGGAAGUCUUUGCUCGAUGUGAUUGUUCUGUGUGUGGAUGAGGAGGCAGAGUUGAAGGAUAUGUUGCCUGUGAUUGGCUCUUUGAAGCGCUUGAGGGCAUGGCAUUCGACACAGAUGAUCAUGGUCACUGAACACAAUGCAGGGUGGCAGAAAGCAGCCAUGUACCUAGAUUCCCGCUUAUGUUCUCCAUCAGUGAUUGACAGCUCUGUGGAUGGGAGAGCGAUCUGGAGAGGUGGACUUCACAUUAGAGAGAAAAAGUUUGUCUCUGAGCUGAAGUUUGAGGGUUUCUGUUUGAGAGCUCAGAUGAGAAAUCGCUGGAGUGAUGCACUGUAUCCUCACACAGACCCACAAUGUCACACUGAUCAUAAACUACAGCAUGAGGUAUUUCAGUGUUACCAGCCUGUGUUGGAACUGAUUCAGCUGGUCAGAGUCAAAGAUCUCCCGAUACUUCUCCAUUCCAGUGCAGAGUUUGAACUUGGUUUGACUUCUAAAUCUGUCAAAGCCAAGCUUCUCUUGGACCAACUGUGCACAUUGCGUGGAGAGGUGGGAGCUUUGUUUUCUCUGUUCUGUGUGAUAAGCUCAGAGACUUUCCCAGCGGCCUCCCAGCUCAGCUCCUGCAAAUGGAGAGACUUCAUGUCCAAAUGCCCCAAGGACAUACCUGUGCCUGAUGUGGAGGUAAAAGGUGAAAGAGGCCGCUACCUCUUCUUGGUGCAGGGGGCGGAGUCAGGAGGCUGCACAGCACGAAUGAUACACACAGCCAAUCAGAUCAAUGGAUCUGCUGCCCUGGCAACGCUUAAUGCCCUCAUCAGGGAAAAAGUUCCACCUUCCUCAGGGAGCAGCACUGAUGACUGGCUACAGUCCCUGCCAUGUCUCCGUGGAGAGCAGUUCUUGCAAAGGGAGAGAAAGCUGGCCAAGGUGCAGACUCUGGUCCUCAAGGAAUGCUGCCGGCGAAGAGAGGAGGCCCAGAAGUCUGCUGCCAUUCCCGUGAAUGAACUGAAGGCUCUGCUGAAUCUGGCCAGAGAGCAGUACCUUCAAAUGCACGACUCCACACUGUCUAGAGCGUCUGAACGCAUGUGCCUGGAGAAGGAGAACCGGACUUCCUCUUCUAACACUAGUGAUGUGAAAUGUUGUGCUCGCACAGAAUGGCCAGAGAGGAGUGUCCUACAAAACUAUGAGAACAUACAGAGAGCCCGACAAAGAUCCAGGUGCAGGCUGUUCAGCAGUGGUUCCUCUGAGAGUCUGAUGGGGCCUAAAGAUAGCCAGAGGGGAAGUUCUACACUGCUGGAUGCCAGAGAACUGCUCAAACACUUCACCCCUGAUGGACUGCCUAGUGGGGAACUACAGCCGCUGCCAGUGCUUAGAGGUGAACAUGCCUUUCAGUUGUCUCCUGACCUCACACCCAGGAAGGUGACCAAGCUUCCUUUCUCAAAAGUCGCCCGAUCCCACUACCAUGGAAUAGAGUUCUGUCUGGAUGAGUGCAAGGCCCUUGAGCGAGACCGUGGCUUUGUGAAGCUGCAGUCUCGUCUAAUAAGAUAUGAGACCCAGAGCACAUGCUGUAAGGAGCCCUGCCCUGUGCCAUUCGCCCUCAGUCCUGCACCCUCCCCAGCUGUGCUGUCUGAACCGGGCAGUGUGCCUGACGGUGAAGCUCUGCACAGCGAGCUGUCCCGCCUCAGACACCGCUCCCGCGAAACAGACCUCCAGCCACACAAGAGGUUCUGUAAAUCGGAGAGCUCUGGAUCUCUGGGUGCAGGUGGUACUCACCCAGCUGUGGGGGCUCUGCGGCAGCAAGCAGCCCAUUCCCGUUCCAGCUCAGGUCUGGCCAGACGUUCUGCUUCGGUUGCCGACCCCUCGCCCAGUCAAAAACCCAGCCAGACCCAGACCGAGUCCCGCUCCCAGAAACACAACAGGAUGCUGAGGGAGGUGGUUGCUAAGACGCUCAAUAAACACGGGAUCAGCAGUGAGCACAAGUGCUUUGAAGCCUGUAGUCAAAGACUGUUUGACAUAUCAAAGUUUUAUCUGAAGGAUCUGAAAACCUCACGUGGCCUUCAUGAGGAAAUGAAGAAAGCAGCCAGCAACAAUGUCAAACAGGUGAUUGAUUGGGUUGUGGAGAAAUCAUCUAAAAGAUGACUUGAUUUGUAGUUGGAAACAUUGAAGGUAAACCUGCAGUAGGACACCGUGAUAAGAACUCACAUCAUGAUGCUACAAAGUGAAGGGAUGGAGCUUUAAGAAAAGUGCUUCUUCUCACAGCAUUAAUUAUACAACUGUUCCUGGCAUGUAUAUAUUUAUUUCGAUAUUGUUUUUUUUGUGUUUGUGAUAAUCAUUUUAAUGUAAACAACAGCCAAAUAUGGCCCCACGUUUUCUGAGAAGCGCUGUUUUGCAUCAUGAAAAUCAGUCCGAGGGCGUUUCUCCCCAGAUCGUAUUUCAGUAAUCAGUUCGCUCAAAUCACAACUCAAGCAUGAAACAAGGAACACAUGAGAGUCUCAGCUCGUCAUUGCUUCUGUGAUUGCCUCCUCUUUUUUUUCCGUUGGUCACACACAAGCUGUCGGCACAAAACUACCGCUGCAAGUAGUUUGCCCUAAAAUGACCUAAGGUCACAUUGGGCUGAGGUUAUAAAGGGUAACUGCUCCCUGGUACUCCCUGCCCUGAGCAGGUUGAGGGUGUCUCGUUUGGCAACGUCGCCGGACACAUUCCAGUCCCACACAGGGCCAUUGUUCUCGCUCCUGGGUGCCCAGAGGGGUGAUGGGAAAGGAGGGAGGGGGCUGCACAUUACAUUGGCAACCCUGAGAGCCCUCGAAGGCAACAUGCAAUCUGAACUCACUGUUAUCACCAGAGCUGCUCUAGUUCAUAUGGUGAAACUCCGUGUUAUGAUGUUGAAUAAAACAGAUGUUUUUAAUAAGGUUUUAGUUUAUUGAUACAUUGUGAUUUUUCCCAAGCUGAAUCAGUAUUUUGAUCUGCAUGGGUAAACUAUUCAACUUUGUUUCAGACUCCUUUCUACAGUGUGUUUAAACAUCUCACUGUGUUCUCCAUGCUGACGUCUUGAUAUAAAAGGGUUCAUUGCAUGAAGAAUCACAUUUUCCUUGAACUUUUCAGAAGAGUUCAUUGUACUAUGAAAAUAUGCUGUCAUUUUCAGAACUUGAAACUUCCUCCCCAGUGACCAUUUAUUGAAAUUUAAGCUGAAAAUGAGGAAGUGUGAAUAACAUUAUUCCUAAACAGUAGAACUAAGUGAAAUGCGGAAGAAUGGGUUAAAGCUUAUGCCACGCCUGGAUGUGUGUAGCACCUGCUGCUCUACAUAUACAUUGUGAUUUCUUUGUUUAUAAAAAAAAAUUUCGCUCAAAAAUAAGGCAUAAUUUAGUCACCCUCAUGUUGUUU